AUCUCACUCACGCUAGUUCUUGAAGAACAAACAGCAUAUAAAAAGUCUUAAACCAGUUGCACCAUUUCUACACUAAGUUCUCCCACCUUCGAAAAUGUCUCUUCAAGUUUCCGCAGUCCCUGAUCAAACCAAGAAUCCAAAUUCUAAUAAAAAACGUCCCUUGGUGAAUUAUAGUCCUAGCUUAUGGGGAGACCAUUUCCUCUCUUAUGCUAAUGACUCCAUGGAAACCAAUGACAACUUGGAGCAAGUUCAGAGGUUGAAGGAAGAAGUGGGGAAGUUGCUAAUGGAUCCCAUCGAUAAACCUUCACAAAAGUUGGAGUUAAUUGAUGCAAUCCAACGCUUGGGCGUGUCGUACCAUUUUGAAAGUGAAAUUGACGAAAUAUUACAACAAAUUUACAAAGAUAAUCAUAAUGAGGUUGGUCAGGAAGACAAUGGUAGUCUUUACACUAUUGCUCUUCGUUUUCGAUUACUAAGACAACAAGGUUAUAACAUUCCAAGUCAUAUCUUCAACAAAUUCAAAGACAACAAGGGGAACUUCAAGGAAUCGCUUAUUCAUGAUGUGCAAGGAAUGUUACACUUGUACGAAGCUACACAUAUGAGGGUGCAUGGAGAAGAUAUACUUGAUGAAGCACUUAAAUUUACUACUACUUACCUUAAAUCAGUGGUGACUAAUUUAAACCCUACUCUAGCUACACAAGUAAGUCAUGCCUUAAAGCGACCAAUUCGAAAGUGCUUGCAAAGGGUAGAGGCAAGGCAUUACUUCUCUACCUACCAUGAAAAUGCUUCACAUAAUGAAGUUCUACUAAAAUUUGCAAAGCUAGAUUUUAACAUAUUACAAAAACAACACCAAAAGGAACUUAGUCAUAUCUCAAGGUGGUGGAAAGAUUUGGAUUUUGCAAAUAAACUGUCUUUUGCACGAGAUAGAGUGGUGGAGUGCUACUUCUGGAUUUUGGGGGUGUACUUUGAACCCCAAUACUCAAUUGCUAGGAAGAUACUAACCAAAAUAAUUUGCUUGGCAUCAACCAUAGAUGACAUAUAUGAUGCAUAUGGUACUUAUGAAGAACUUGAGCUCUUCACAGAUGCGAUUAAAAGGUGGGAUAUCAACUGUAUAGACCAAAUCCCUGAGUACAUGAAGUUGUGUUAUAAAUCACUCCUGGAUGUUUAUGAAGAAAUUGAGGAUGAGAUGUCCAAGGACGGAAGAUCAUACCUUGUUUACUUUGCAACAGAUGCGAUGAAAAAACUUGUUCAAGCCUAUUUUGUUGAAGCCAAGUGGUUUAACGAAGGAUAUAUACCCACAAUGGAUGAGUAUAUGGGUAAUGCUUUAAAAUCUAGUGGCUACCCUACAGUCAUAACCAUAUCUUUUGUCGGCAUGGGAGAUAUUGUAACACAAGAGGCCUUCGAAUGGGUCUCCCAGGAGCCUAAGAUUGUUAAAGCAGCAUCAACCAUAAGCAGGCUAAUGGAUGACAUUGUCUCCCAAGAGUUUGAGCAAAAGAGAGAGCAUUUUGUCUCAAGCAUUGAUUGCUACAUGAAGCAACAUGGUGUCUCAAAAGAAGAGGCACAUAACGAAUUUCAAAAGCAAAUCGAGAAUGCAUGGAAGGAUAUAAACCAAGGGUGCCUUAGACCUACCCAAGUGCCAAUGCCUCUCCUCACACGAGUUCUCAAUUUCUCACAAGUAAUGGAUCUGCUUUACAAGGAUGAAGAUGCAUACACACAUAUUGGAGAAGUGCUGAUACAGGGUGUAACUUCAUUGCUUGUUGACUCAGUACCAAUUUGAAUAUGUUGAUCCCAAUAUAUGGGCAGAAUCAUGAGUUGGUUUGUUAUUAAAUAAAGUGGUGAUAAA